AAAUAUGACUGUCAAACAGACGUGGUGUAUUUGAUCUCGACAGGCAGAGUCCCCGGCGAAUUUUUUCGGUACAGGAUGUCCGAUUGAGUGUGCCCUUUUUUUACAUAAAUCGAGGCCGAGCGGAGCCAAGGAGCUUGAGAAUAUCGAAUGACAUGGAUUUCUUUUUACUUAUCGUCCACAUUUCACAGUUUGCCUAGGAAUAAGCAAAAGUUUGCAGCCGAUUUCUGGCCGAGGCGCCGACAAAACAUUCCGAAUGCGAAACAACGGCGCGCCUCCACUGAGUGUGACCCAAGGGAACGACGGGUCAAUGAAACACUUUCAUGCAUGACUCUAUUUUUCCACGCAUCCUGCUCUAAAACAACCCAGUGACAUUUCAAAACCAUUUGCCAUAGGCCUACAUGUAUGCUUGCGUUUUUAGACACAAUGGAAAUCCUACAACUUAAAGGUGACGCAACCUUCAGACGACUUUAUUUUUUAUGCUUUUCGGUUUGAAGGCCUUCAAAGCUAUUCACAGGUGAACUUGUCAGGGCCGAAGCAAAGUGAAAAAUUGAUGGACAGUGGGCGGACAGGCAUUGAAACCAGGGUCACAUCAUAACAAUCAAGAUAGAUGGUUGUGACAACCAUUCGUUGUCGUCUUCACAUCCAAAACGUCACCACGUCUUGACGCAAAAUGAAGACACCAGCAUGGAUGCAUUCGGGCAGCCUUUUCCCGCCGUCUGCCGAGAAGUAUGUCGUAACAGUCUGCCUGUGCUUCCUCAAUAUUGGUUGGGGCACCAUUGUGGUCAUGCCAGGCCCGACCCUCAUGGACUUACAACGGAUGAUUGGUGGAGAUCCGUCCAUGAUGAACUGGGUCUUCUUCGCUCGAACUCUCGGCUAUCUGAUCUCUGCGCCUCUGGGAGGACUGACGGCGAGGUUUUCGCUUCAGAUGUCCAUAAUAUUCUCAUCUGUAGUGAUAGCAGUGACCACCCUCGCCAUUCCUUGGUGCCCACUAGUCUGGCAGAUGACCACCGUUUUCGGCAUUCAUGGCCUUUCUCUCGGAGUGUUUGACAUCGUUACGACAGUCCUCCUCAUCAAGAUGUGGGCAAAACACAAGGCCGCCUACAUCCAGCUAUUCAAUGUCAUCGGAUACACGGGAUCUCUAAUAGCGCCAACACUUGCAAGACCGUUCAUAUCGGAGCAAAAACUGAUGACGAUGAACACAAACUACACUACCCCGCAUGACACCAGCGCGCUUUCCCAAAAAGGAAACCAUUACGGUUUCCCGAUGUGGAAAGCUGACUAUGCAAAUGGGCGUGGUGCCCUUGAGACUGAGGACACAUCUAAUCUGAAAGGUCUUUUCGCGCUCUUAGCUUCGUACGAACUAGUCAUCGGCUUUGUAUUUUAUUUGAUUAUAAUUUAUUUCAAGGACUUGGACAAAUAUGACCGGUACGUUUCAGAGCCUGAUUCAAAUGAAGAGACGACACCUGAGAAACAUAAGAAUCAAAAUGGACGGCGGAUUCACCGCGGAAUUUGCUUUCUUGUCAUCAUCAUCUCCCUGUCAUGUUCUAUGCAGUUUCUUUCCGGCGGCGAGGUUGCUUUAGCUGUGGGUAGCUACGGCUCAGAGUACAUUGUACAGUACCAUAAAGGGACAUUAGACGACGCUCUGUUAGCGGAAACCAUAUUUGCUGCUUCCAUGGUCAUUUUUGGCAUCAUAAGCAUAAUGUUAUUGAAAUUUAUCCGCACCGACAUCAUGAUCAAAUUAAAUGUAUUCUUCCAGGGAGUGGGUGCGCUAUUUUUCUUAGGCGGGUCAAUAAAUUUUGUUGUCCUUUGCAUGGGAAUGGUAAUAGUCGCGGCGUCAUUGUCUAGCUUUACGUCCUCAAACAUUUGCUGGGCGACGGAUCGCGUGGGCCGACCGGCGCUGGUCGCCUCAGUGGUCGCUCUAGGGUAUCCUCUCGGGGAGAUGCUGUUCCCGCUGAUAAUCGGACUUAGCUUCACCAAAGAUCCGAACUCUCUAAUCUAUUGCAUGUACGGCAACGCCAUGGUGCUCCUGUUUAUCUAUACGGUUGGCGAAAUCAUCAGCACUUCGGCAAAAAUGGGUGAAUUUAGCGAAAUGACCGUAGAGCUUGAUAACAUUUGGGAUAAGCUGCGCAAACGGAUUGUGCAGAGCGAUUGCUGCAAUGAUAAUGCAAGCACAUGCAGUGAAGACCGUGCAUUACUACAUGUAUUGGAAACGCCCGAGGAUCAGAUGCAGCCUUCGAUCUCGGGAUAUCUCGUCCAGCCACGUGCAGACGGGAAGUCGCGUACUCCGUUCGAUGCUGAACUUAAUGGCGCUGCUUAGAAACAUAUCUCCACAUGAGCAUUUCACACGGUUAAUCUCAUUCAUCUCCUUUGCUCAUGUUGGCAACGGGCCUUUGAAUAACGCAGGUCAUGGGCAAUUUACGCCGCGUCAAACGCUUAUUUGGAAAUGUGCGUGUUUAACACAAUCACGAAUCCUAUCAUGUAUGACAGCUGAUCAUUGUUUUUGCAUUUUGACUGGUGGCGUCUAGUCGCGAUCGGUGGUUCAGCUUUAAGCGAUGUUGUCCAACUGAAGGGCCAAGUACGAGUGUUUCUUCGCGCGUAUUAUUGCUCAUUUCGACACUCGUUCAUUUUUUGUCCAUCGGCCUAUUUAUCGAGUUGUUGUAUCAUUUU